AUGCAUGUUAUAUUUUUGAAACCUAGUGUGGAUGCCAUGGGCGGCGAGUGGGCGAGCGAGAAGUGGCAGGAAAGGGUUGAAGUUAAUGAUAAUAACAUUAAGAAUAAUAAUUGUUGGAGAAGUGAUGGAAGGAAAAAAGGAAGUAAGGAAAAGGAUAAUAGCAGAGAAGGUGACGAAGAACAGUGGAAUGCAAAAGACUGGAGCAGUGGUGAAGAAAAGCAAAGCACAGAAAAGAAGGACUGA